AUGGCACUAUUUACUAUGACGGACAGGGAGAAUAUCCGGUAUGCCAAUUUCUUGUUUCGGGGGGAUGCCCGAAUUUGGUGGGAAUUGAUGGAAGACACUCAUGAUGUUCCUGUGAUGACCUGGGGAUUGUGUUUGGAGAAUAGGAGUUCGGAGGCUACGAGGUUGUACAAGAAAAUGGCUGUGUUUGGGGUUAUGCCUAAUGUGAUUACGGAGGGGAAGAUGGAGGAAGCUUUUAGGUUGCUGGAAUUAAUGAGUCAAAGAGGAGGGGAAGACGGAGGAAGCAAAUGGGUUGUUGGAAUUGAUAAAUCAAGAAGGGAGGGGAAGAUGGAUGAAGCUUAUAGUUUGCUGGAAUUGAUGAGUCAAAAAGGAUUGCAGCCUGUUGUGGUGACGUUUAAUACAAUGAUAAGUGGACUUUGCAAGGAGGGGAAGAUAAAGAAAGCUAAUGGCUUAAUGGAAUUGAUGAGUCAGAGAGGUUUACAGCCUAAUGUGGUGAUGUUCACUACAAUGGAUGUUUUAGUUGAUGAAAUUGCGGUUGUCGUGAAGAGACUAGAAGAUAUAUCUUGA